AUGGUUGCUUCUCUAGAGUCUUCCCGUCCUAUUAUGGCACCAAGUGUCUCUUCCACCAAAGGCAAUCGCUUCAGCACCUACAGUCAAGCCAUCUCUGUCACAACCACCGACUCUGCCCAAGAAGAGUUCAUCGCCAUCGAGGAAGGUCUUGACAAGUUACAGAACAAGAAGUUGGAAAGUCAGCGUUGUGACUUGACAACUGAGAAGAGAGAUAAUAUGGGCAAGUUGGCGUUGGGAGCCAAGUUGGAGAGAGCACUGGGUCGAAGAAUGGGUGGACAAGACGCCGUCAUGCGCAAGAAGUCACCAUCACAAUCAUCCGCCGACUCACCUACCUCGCUCAUGAACGAGAAGGUUCCUCUCUCCGAGAGUGAGAAGGAGAGUGCAUAA